ACAGAGUUUGAUAUUUUUUGCACAGCCUUGGAGGUUUUACCUAUCCUCCCAUCUUUUGAAGAUCUGAAAGCCAAGUUAUUUCAACACGAAGCUAGUCGUGUCCAGCGACAGAAUUUGACUUCUCCCAACAGCCACAAUGUAUUGAUCACAGGAACACAUGCAUUGCAAGGGAAUCGUACUCGACCUUGGACUCCUCAGGCAGGAAUGGGAAGAGGGAUUCUCCCGACACCACCAAGCAUGAAUACUACUGUUGCCACAUCUAGAAGGGUUCCAACUUGCUUUUAUUGUAAUAAGAGGGGACAUGUGAAAUCAGAAUGUUGGCACAAUCCUCAGAAUAAGAAUAAUCAAGUCAGGCGUGAAAACAAGGCAGCAGCAGGGUCCGUUUCAUCCUCAUCUAGCUCAAAUCCAACAUCAAAUGUUUCAUCGGAGGUGCAACAACUUCUUAUGACAGCCUUAUCUAAGCUCCACUUGAAGCAAAAUGAGCAAGGAGAGUGGUAUGUGGACUCUGGAGCAGCAGCCCAUGUUACUGGUGACACAGGAUGCUCGAACCAAGAGGACGUUCGCUGAGGGCACUCGCAAAGGCGACAUGUAUGUUCUUGAAGAAGCUCCAAAGUUGUCAAAAUCUCACUCUUCAGAUCCAUCCUUUUCAAUUCAUAGUGAAAUCAAUGUCGCAGAAUAUAAUAAGCCAUCCAUUUGGCAUGGUCGGUUAGCUCAUUGUAGUCAGUCUUUUGUUCGAAGUCUUGUUGCAGACGGGCUCUUAGAUAAGUCCAGUCUGAGUUCAGUCAGUGAGUCCAGCAUGUGCUCGAGUUGUCAUCUCUGUAAGAGCCAUGCCCUUCCUUUUCAAUUAAUAAAUAAAAGAGCUUCAAAGGUUUUUGACACUAUACAUUCCGAUGUUUGGGGGCCUGCUCCAAUUCCUUCUUCUUCUGGGAGUAGAUAUUAUGUUAUUUUUAUUGAUUCAUAUUCCCGAUAUACUUGGAUUCACUUCAUCAAACACAAAU